UCACACACGACACGCUCGCACACGCGCYCACACACAGGCGCACGCUUCUGCCCACUGCCACACAGACUCUUGCUGGCAUCUCGGAGGGCAGCCUUCGUCUCCAGUCCAGUCCGAAGCGUCGAGGCUUGGAUAGAGUCUCCCAGAAACACUGUGGCCUUCCUGCUGGCUGCACUGAAACCUCCCAGCUCCCAGUGUCCACUGCUGGAACCAACGUCUGAGGCUCGUCUCAAGGGGAGCAAAGCUCAGCGUAGGCCGUUGGAGGAUUCCUGUUGCUGUCAGAGCCCAGCAGAUCCCACCAUCAUCACCAUCAUCACAAACCAAAGACUCAGAAGUGGACUUCAACAUUUCUAGCUACAUAAACAGCUCCGCAUUUAGUGACUCGAGCCUCUGCGUCAAAGACUGACGCGAAACCAGGACAAAUCUGCUCGGUUCAAACAGCYCCUUCCAAAAUGGCAACCACGGGAAUGCAGCUGCUGGGUCUGAUCCUGUCCAUCGUGGGCUGGGUGGGCGGGGCCAUAGUCUGCAUCAUCCCCCUGUGGAGGGUCACGGCCUUCAUCGGUAACAACAUAGUGACGGCUCAGAUCAUCUGGGAGGGCCUCUGGAUGAACUGCAUAGUGCAGAGCACAGGUGAGAUCCAGUGUAAAGUGUACGACAGCCUGCUGGCUCUGCCCAGCGACAUGCAGGCGGCCCGCGGCCUCACCGUCUUCUCCGUCCUGCUCUGCGGCCUGGCUCUGACUCUGGGGGUCCUCGGAGUCAAGUGCACCAAAUGCGUCGGCGUCAACAGCCUCAAGGCCCGAUUCGCUCGUAUCUCCGGCGCCCUGUUUGCCAUCGCGGGCUUUCUGUACCUGGUGCCCGUCUGCUGGACGGCCCACUCCAUCAUCAGGGACUUCUACGACCCACACGUGGCGGCUCCGCACAAGCGCGAGCUCGGCCCGGCCCUUUACAUCGGCUGGGUGGCGUCGGCUCUGCUCCUCAUCGGGGGGUCGCUGCUCUACGCGGGGUCAAGUCCCCCCGGCAUCCCGGGCUCUCCUACCUUCAGCAGCGGAGAAAGUAGUCCCCGCAGGGCCCCUGCCACACAGGUCAAAGGUUACGUCUGAACGCCCUAAAGCUUCGUAAAUCCACCUUAAAUAACGACAAACUUGUUUUUUUGUUUGUUUUUUUCUGGUGUUUUGCUCCUAGUGAGUUUUCUUCUUUUACAUAAUUUUAGAGGUCCCACCAGUUUACUUUGGAUCUUUGUAAAGCAAAUAAGGCUUUAUAGAGACAUUUUGAUUUAUUUUGUAAUUUCAUACCCAGUUUCCUCCAAUAACAUGUUUUGUGUCUGUCAGUAAAACACAAUAAAAAGUUGUGUCCUCUGAG